CUGCCUCUGCACCCUGCACGGGCAGGACAGAGCCGUGUACCCCCUCACGUUCAGCGGAGGAUGAGUAAAGGAGGCUAGCCUGUUUUCUGAAGUAGACAUUCGUCGAUUAAUUCCUGUCUUUAUUUCUCUCUCAUUGUCGUCGAGGACUCGCUCUCGCCGGCUAAACGUCAGUUAGUCGAGUAGCAGUGACGAGCUGCGGUUAACGUUAGCAAUAUCAGGAACUUUCCAAAACAACGCUAGCUAACGUGCUUUGAGAACCAUAGUGUGGUUUCGUCGUCUUAUGUUUGAACAGCUGUCUUCAGGGGUCCCACGGUAAUAUCUCCGUGGAUGUGGAGUUUGCUGACACUUGAGCAGAUCUCCAUAAAGGAUUUCAGCACUGGGACGAUUUUGAUGUAGGGAGACACUGGUGUCAGGGGAGAUCUACAAGAAAGCUGAUAUCUGGGUCACCACGACUGAAGUAGCAGCUUGGAAUCUUCUCACCUGCAUUCGAACCCUAAACUGAAUUCAACAGAAAAAUGGAUGGGAUAGACACCCUGCAGAGCUCGGCCCCAGAGACCAAGGCUGAGCGAAUUGCUCGCUACAAGGCAGAACGGAGGAGGGAGCUUGCUGAGCGCUAUGGCAACAACGAUGAAUUCACCCCAAAGUAUGUCCGCAGGGACAGAAAAACUGGCGACACAUCCGAAACAGUGUCUUCAGAAACCAAGGAGAAGGAAAAAUAUGAGGAUAAUGGAUCAGAGCAAACCUAUACCAGGAGAGGCCUCAGGAAUAAAGUAACAGAGCCUGUGGAGCACACUGAUGAUGAGCCUGCCUUGGAAACAGACACAGUUUCCUCCUCCACGAAGACGUCCUCCCAUUGCAGGCUGCUGGAAACUGAUGACACAGAGGAGCUGAAGGUUGAGGAGAAGCUGGCCGAAUCAGCCAACAGGACUUCCAAGAUGUCUCUUUUUAAGGACCUGGAGGGGGCGGAGGAUGGAGGCAGCUGCCGACGAGCCGAUGAAAGGGUAGAGUGUCAGCUAAUGAGCAGCGAUGAAGAGGAAUCCUCUACCAGCCUUCCCAAAACUGGUACUAGCGAGGUAAUGGAUGAGAAAGAGGCCACAGAUGAAUAUGCCUCCUCCGUGGAAGAAAAGCCUUCCACUCUUCACUCCGACGAAGCUCUCCCCCUCAGCAAGAACAGAGACGCCUCUCCCCCUCCCUCUCCUCCCUGCCAGCUUGCCUCGCUCCAGCGCCAAGACUCUGGGCCUCGAGGCAUCAAGGGAAUCCUAAAGAAAAGCCGCUCCACCAGCGUGGAGUCGGACCACAGCGAGGGUUCGACGCCAGAGUGCGGGCCAGCCAGACAAAGCAGUGUCACCCUCAGCCACCCCGAGAGCGAGGAGGAGAUGGAGGAGGAGGAGGAGGAGGAGGAGGAGGAGGAGGAGAUGGAGGAAGAGGCCAAUGGGGAAAAUGACAGAGAGGAUGAGUCAGGAACUGACGACAUGACAGAUGGAGGGAGCUUCAGCAUCGACAGACAGCAGACGGAGGGAAGCAGCAGCAGCAGCAGAGGGAGCUUUGAGGAGAUGCGGAGUCCCUCGCCUGACGAGAGCCUGGAGCAGACGUCCACAGUGUCGGAGGAUGUUGAGGAGCUGGAGAGCAGUUUGGAUGGAAGCCAGGGCUCGUCACUCAAACAGAGGCUGGCAGAGUUCACCUGUGAAGGUGAGAAGACAGACAGACUGAAGAAGGUCAAGCCAGCCGAGCUGAUCCACACAUCACUGGCUGAUCGCUUCAGUCAGCUGCAGGAUUCUGAAAAUGCCUGGAGGAAAAAGAAGUCCAGUGUAGAUGUGGGGGCCAAGAUGUCACUGGCAGAGAGGAUGAAGAUCCUUAAAGACAAGGAGGAGCAGUGGAAGUGCAAAGGCAAAGGAGCAGCCAAUGACUCUGUCCAGUUCACAGUGGCUGGACGCAUGGCCAAGAGAGGUCUUGUGUCAGAUACCGGAAAGGAGGAGUCACCUCUUAUUUCUCUCCGGAAGUCUAAUGCCACACCUGUGAAGCCCCAUGACGAAAUCUCCAGUAGAACUGAUGUCAAGGUGGAAGGAGAUAAAAGGCUCGACAAGCUCGAGUCUUUCCUCGAUAAGCUCCACAGUAAAGGCGUGAGCAAAAGCAAGACGUCCACCAUCGAGGUGACGGCAGAGACCGAGAAAGAGGUGAUGACCCUUGAUGACGAGGAGACCUUCGGCAACUUCUACAAGUCUGUCUCACCCUCAACGCUCCAGGAUUUUAGUGUAGUUUUGACGGAGGAGGACCUCAGCCAGAUCCAGGCUGAUACACCAAAGCUCACCUCAACCGUAGCAGAACACAAGCGAGCCGUGCGACCAGCCAGAAGGAAUCAGGGCUCCAGGAACCCCCUGCGGGCUCUGGCUGCCCGGAACGACAUCCGCCAGGUCUACACUGAGCAGAGGCUUAACGUAGCCACGGUGGAGACCAAGAGGAUCCAAGUGGAGAGGAUGGCAAAACACUCCAAAACAAGCCUGGCUGAUGUGGCCUUGGCGGGUCUCGCCAGCAAGGAGAACUUCCGCAAGGUCAGCCUGCGCAGUGUGAAGUCGACGGAUGUUGUGACCAAUAACAGUGCACUGCCCUUCAACAAGCUCAUGCUCAUCCGCAUCAAAGGUCGCAGGCACGUCCAGGUGCGCUUGAUGGAGCCCACAGCCUCGUCUCUGAACAGCGGCGACUGCUUCCUUCUCAUAACACCAAAGCAGUGCUUCAUGUGGAGUGGAGAGUUCGCCAACGUCAUUGAGAAAGCUAAGGCGUCAGAGAUGGCGUCGUUUGUCCAGGCCAAGAGGGACCUUGGGUGUAAGGCCCCCCAGGUGACAGUGCUGGAGGAGGGCAUCAACACUGAUAGCAGAUGGGCUAAAGAGUUCUGGAGCCUGCUAGGAGGACAGACCCAAUACAGAGGAGCAGGGGAGCCAGAGGAGGAUGAGCUAUAUGAGAGUGGUGUGUUAGACUCUAACGGUGUGUACAGACUCGAGGGAGACAAACUGGUGCCACAUGAAGAUGCCUGGGCCUCCAUCCCAAGUGUCUCCUUGCUCAACUCUAAAGAGGUCUUAGUGUUUGAUUUUGGCAGCGAAGUGUACGUCUGGCAUGGGAAAGACGUGCCCUUGGGUGACAGAAAAGUUGCUGUGAAACUGGGAAAACAGCUCUACAGCGGCAGCUAUGACUACAGCAACUGCAGAGUCAACCCUUUAGACGCCUCCUGCACGAAUAAGGAUGUGCCUCUGCAGGGGGAGGGUCGUCCGAGCUGGACUCUGUUUGGACGGCUGUCGGAGCACAAUGAGACGGCCCUGUUCAGAGAGAAGUUCCUGGACUGGGCUGAGAGGAAGAAGGAGGAAGCAGCUCAAGCAGAGGAAGUCAAGAGCCCAGUCCACUCCACUGAACGCUCCCCGUUUGACUUGGAGCUGCAGCCAUGUGACGCCAAGGCCCUUUUGGACAAUGAGCCAGAUCCGGUGAAGACCGUUCUGGAGGGGGUGGAUGUCAAGCGGGGCCACGGCCUGGUGAGGGCGGACGACGGAAGACAGGCAGAGCUGGCAACAGUUGCUGUAGACACCUGGCACAUCAAAGAGCACGGUGAGGAGGAACUGCCCAAAGAGAGCCUGGGCCAGCUACACGCGGGCGACGCCUACAUCAUCCGUUGGACCUACUCCGUCACCACACUCGUGGGGAAGCGGCAGAAACCCGGCGAGCUGAGUGCCGGAGCUCCUGGAAGAGAGAGGUCUGCUUGUUUUUUCUGGCAAGGCCGUCACUCCAGCGUCAGUGAGAAAGGAACCUCGGCUCUGAUGACCGUGGAGCUGGGCAGCCACAGGGGAUCACAAGUGUUGGUGAGUCAGGGAAAAGAGCCUCCGUGCUUCCUCCAGCUCUUCCAGGGAGGGCUGAUCAUCCAUAAGGGCAGCAGAGAAGACAGUGCCAACAGCACAGGCAGCUGGAGGUUGUUCUGUGUCCGUGGGGAGACAGAGGUGGAGGCCUCGCUGGUGGAGGUCGAUUGCCAGCAUGCCAGUCUACGUUCUCGUGCCAGCCUGGUGCUUCUUAAUGCUCAGAAAGGCCAUCUGUACCUGUGGCAUGGCUGUAAAGCACACGCCAGUGCCAGGCAGGUGGCCAAAAGAGCUGCAGAGAAAGUAACCCAGAGGUGUCCUUCAGAGUUAGGUCUGAGCAGCACCAGCAGUGUGAAACUGGAGGAGGUGGAGGAAGGAUCAGAACCUGCAGAGUUCAUGAAAGCACUGGGCCCACAGGACAAGAAGGCCUACGACUGCAUGCUGCAAGAUCCAGGGAAGUACAACUAUACCCCCCGACUGUUCCGGCUGAGUGCCAGCUCUGGGGUGUUCGAAGGGGAGGAGCAGCUGUAUCCAGCCAGGGUGACGGAGGGAGUCAUGGCGAUGCCCUUCCUGCAGGAGAGCCUCUACUCCGCGCCGCAGCCGGCUCUGUUCCUGCUGGAUAACCGUAUGGAGGUGUACCUGUGGCAGGGCUGGCAGCCUGAAGACACGCAGUGCACCGGCUCUGCAAAGAUACGCGGGAACAAUGAGAGGAAGUGUGCCAUGGAGACGGUGCUGCAGUACUGCAAAGAAAAGAACCCUCGCCGCCCCCCUCUGGCCUAUCUGGUCCUAGCAGGCUGUGAACCUCUCACCUUCACCAACAUCUUCCCAUACUGGGAGAAGGACACAAGUAUCACUUCAAAGGCCGAGCGCUCCAAGAACAAGGUGGUGUUAGUGAAGGAGGCGCUGUCUAAGCUCAGUAAGCAGCAGUACCCCAUCGAGGAGCUGACCAGGAAGCCAUUACCAGAAGGAGUGGACCCUCUACGCCUGGAGGAUUACCUGUCAGACCAGGACUUCAAGACCCUUCUUGAGAUGAGUCGAGUUGAGUUCAACGCCCUGCCAAACUGGAAGCAGAAGAAUCUGAAGAAAAGCAAGGGCCUGUUCUAAAACACAUCAGUCUGUACACAUAUCUGCCGGUUUUUCAUGAUCAGCUUUUCUUACUUUUUUUUAUUCCAAGAAAAAAAACAUGUUAUUUUGUAAAGGAUAAAGAAUGCAAAUGUACAAUUUUGUUUAAAUGUUGAUCUAUUUUUAAUAACGCCAUUGUCGAAGUGUCAGUGAAAUAUUUUAGCCAACCAUUAUGUGCAAUUGUUCAUCUUUUUGAUGGCAAGAUGUUUUCUUUGUAUGGCAAAAAUAGUUACCCUCUCAUUAUAAAUAUGUAAUAUACUAUAAAUGAAUGUGUUUUUAUGUUUACUCCAGACGGUGUUGAUUUCUGUAAGAAUGUCUUUGUAUAAAAAUUGCCUGUGGUUUUAAAACUGAGGGAGGUAUUGAUGGAGUUUUAUAUUUCAUGGAAAAAGCCAGCUUCAUGUAAUGGGAUUAAAUUGUGCAGAAAAAUGUCUCCACUUAGAGGUUGACAAUGAAAAGAAGAAAAACAAAUCAAAGUUCAGAGAAACAAUCCCUGUAAUUUGUGGUCGUUUGAGAGAAACGCGAAGCGAGAUUUUAUUCCCAACAGCUGACAUGUGUCAUGCUGUAAUUUUAACAUCACAAACAUGCAGUUUUUAUCUUUUUAUUGUAACAGGUGUGUGUGCAGACGUUGGUGUGGCAAAGUAAACUCCAAAAUCCCAAAGAAAACUAAAACACGUUAAUUCUGACUUUGCAACCAACCACCACUGAAACUGAACCGUAAUAUUUCUUCAAGUUUGGUACAGGAUACUUCCUGGUUCUCAUGAAUAUCUGCCAAUGUACCAGUGACGGCAGCACUCUGAUCAACUGGUUGUUUGGGACCAAAUUUAAUUUUCUUUUCUUGUUAUAAUUUUUUUGCGAAUGUGUGUGUGUGUGUGUGUGUGUGUGUGUGUGUGUGUGUGUGUGUGUAAAGGUGCACCUUUAAAAGUAUUAAGUGUGUGUGUGUGUGUGUGGAGAGACAGUGAGAGUAACUGUGCUGUAUAAACUGCCUUUAUAGCUAUAGCUGACACCACAGAUGUAUACCGCAAAAUGUGCAUACUGUAUGUUAUGUGUCUGCGAAUUAGGAAAUUCUCUGUAUGAUGAUGCAUGAUGUUUUGCUUAACAAUCAUGUAUUAGUUUGUUGCAGCAUGAAUCUUUUUUGUGAUACAUAACAUCUGCAUUGUAUGUGGAGAAUGGCUUCCAGGCCAGCUUUUAUUUCACGGCACAUAAAAGUAAACGUUGGUGGUGGGGAAAACGAGGUAUUAUUGCUCAAACUUCCCUUAUAAAUAAACUGGUUUUCAAAA